GCAUUGGCGGUUAUUCAUUCAUUGAGUUUUGUUGUUUUUCAUUUCGUUUCAACAUCGUUAAUUUGCAUUUUCGGUGAUCGUCAACAACAAUAAUGCCACCGAAACGAAAAAAGAUUAAAACUGUACCAAAAUCCGAUGAUGAUAAUGAUGAUGAACAACAAUCUUCAACAAUUUCAACGGAAAGCAAUGAUGAUAAUAAUAAUGAUGAAAAAAUGAUGAAACCAUUCAAUUUAAAAAUUAUAUCCUGGAAUGUAAAUGGUAUUCGUGCUGCAUUGAAAAAUGGUUGCUUGAAAUUUCUUGAAUCUGAAUCUUGUGACAUUCUAGCUAUUCAAGAAACCAAAUGUAAUGAUAAAACAUUUCCAUUGGAAUUGAAACAAUGGCCAAAAUUUCCAUAUAAAUAUUAUGUUUCGUCUAAACAAGAUGGUUAUGCUGGUGUUGCAUUAUUUUCCAAACAAAAACCAUUAUCAGUUGAAUAUGGUAUUGGUAAACGUGAAUUUGAUGAUGAAGGUCGAAUUAUAACUGCUUAUUAUGAUAAUUUUAUACUUGUUAAUGCUUAUGUUGUUAAUGCUGGACAAGGAUUAAAACGUUUGGAUUUUAAAUUGAAAUUUGAUCAAGAUUUUCGUGAAUAUUUGAAAAAAUUGGAUGAACAAAAACCAGUUAUCAUUUGUGGCGAUCUGAAUUGUGCUCACAAAGAAAUUGAUUUAGAAAAUCCAAAAACAAAUACCAAAACAGCCGGUUUUACACCGGAAGAACGUGCCGAUUUUGAUUGUCUACUUAAUUCGGGUUUUAUUGAUUCAUUUCGUUUACUUUAUCCAAAUCAACGUAAAUGUUAUACAUAUUGGGGUUAUCGUUUUAAUUGUCGAGCAAAAGAUAUUGGUUGGCGUUUAGAUUAUUUUCUUUUAUCCAAACGUAUUGAAAAAAAUCUAAUCGAUAAUCGUAUCUAUAAACAUAUUAUGGGUAGUGAUCAUUGUCCUAUUGUUCUUUAUUUGAAUUUGUCUGAUGAUGAUGAUCAAAAUGUUAAUGAUAAUGAAUAUUGUUAA